UCCUUUUGGGGCCUGUGCAGCCCUGUGUGACUGGAAGGAAGAUGGAGCCAGAAACCAAACCUUAGGGGCGGACCUGACCUUUCUUACUGAGGUCCUGCCACCAGGAGCCUCCUUCUUCCCCGGACUAGUGUGUUCCAGCUCCCUAGUGGCCUGGGCCCCGAGAGUGGAAUAGUCGCCAAGGCCCAGAGUGUAGGGCUUCCACACGCCCCGUGAAGGGAACUGGGGCACCUCAAGGGACUCCCCCAAUAACUCGAGGCACGAAAACCCCUGCAUGGUGAGGAGCAGGUAAAUGUGCAGUACCAACAUGUCUGUACCUACUGAUGUAACCACCUCACAGGUUCCAGCCUCGGAACAAGAGACCCUGGUUAGACCAAAACCUUUGCUUUUGAAGUUGUUAAAGUCUGUUGGUGCACAAAAAGACAUUUAUACAAUGAAAGAGGUUAUAUAUUAUCUUGGCCAGUAUAUUAUGACUAAACGAUUAUAUGAUGAGAAGCAACAACAUAUUGUAUAUUGUUCAAAUGAUCUUCUAGGAGAUUUGUUUGGAGUGCCAAGCUUCUCUGUGAAAGAGCACAGGAAAAUAUAUACAAUGAUCUACAGAAACUUGGUGGUAGUCAAUCAGCAGGAAUCAUCAGACUCAGGUACAUCUGUGAGAGAGAACAGAGGGCACCUUGAAGGUGGGAGUAAUCAAAAGGAUCCUGUGCAAGAGCUACAGGAAGAGAAACCUUCAUGUUCAGAUUUGGUUUCCAGACCAUCUACCUCAUCUAGAAGGAGAACAGUUAGUGAGACAGAAUUAAAUUCAGACGAAUUCAAUGGUGAAAGACAAAGAAAACGUCACAAGUCUGAUAGUAUUUCUUUUUCCUUAGAUGAAAACAUGGCUAUGUGUGUAAUAAGGGGAGUAUGUUGUGAAAGAAGCAGUAGCAGUGAAUCUACAGGGAUUCCAUCAAAUCCAGAUCUUGAUGCUGGUGUAAGUGAACAUUCAGGUGAUUGGGUGGAACAGGAUUCAGUUUCAGAUCAAUUUAGUGUAGAAUUUGAAGUUGAAUCUCUUGAUUCGGAAGAUUAUAGCCUUAGUGAAGAAAACCAAGAACUUUCAGAUGAAGAUAAUGGGUUAUAUCAAGUUACUGUGUAUGAGACAGGAGAGAGUGAUACAGAUUCAUUUGAAGAUGACCCUGCAAUUUCUUUACCUGACUAUUGGAAAUGUACUUCAUGCGAUAAAAUGAAUCCUCCCCUUCUACCACGUUGCAACCAAUGUUGGGCCCUGCGUGAGAAUUGUCUUCCUAAGGAUAAAGAUAGAGGGGAUAUCUCUGAGAAAGCCAAAUUAGAAAACUCAACACAAGCAGAAGAGGGUUUUGAUGUUCCAGAUUGUAGAAAAACUACAGUGAAUGAUUCCAAAGAGUCAUGUGUGGAGGAAAAUGAUAAUAAAAUCACUCAAGCCUCCCAAUCACAAGAACAUGAGGACUACUCUCAGCCAUCAACUUCUAAUAGCAUUAUUUAUAGCAAACAAAAAAAUGUCAAAGAGUUUAAGAGAGAAGAAACACUAAACAAACAAAAAAGUAUGGAAUAUAGCUUUCCUCUUAAUGCCACUGAACCUUGUGUAAUUUGCCAAGGUCGACCUAAAAAUGGUUGCAUUGUCCAUGGCAGAACAGGACAUCUUAUGGCAUGCUUUACAUGUGCGAAAAAACUAAAGAAAAGGAAUAAGCCCUGCCCAGUAUGUAGACAACCAAUUCAGAUGAUUGUGCUAACUUAUUUCCCCUAGCUGACCUGUCCAUGAAAAGUAGAAUUAUAUAUUUCUGACUACAUAACCCUAAAACUUUAGAUAACAUGGAAAUUAUUUUUUUAAUGUGAAAUUAUUUUUUUUACAUAUAUCAAAGUGAGAAAGUGUCUCAAUUCAGAUAGGUUUUUUUCUUUAGUAUGGUUUACUUACUUUGGGAGGGGAAUAAUGAAUAUUUAUUUCCUUUCAGGAAAAUUUCACUUCUGUUUAUAUUUGGCUUUUAAUGUAAUUUGCAUUGGAUAAUAUAGCUCAUCCCUUAUCCAUCUCCCUCAUUUUAAAUAAUUUCUACUUUCUCUUAAAUGAGAAGUAUCCGAUAUAUAAAUACACACACAUAUACGUGAUAUAUAUUACGACAUCAUUAUAUUUUUGAUACUUUAAAAAAAUAAAUCCUUAGACUAUUCUAAAUUCAUUAGUACUAAUAACUUUUUGUAGGUUCUUAGGACAUUUUAGGUACAUGGUCAUGAUUUCCCUGCAAAUAAGGACAAUUUUUUUUUUAUUUUAUACUUUUUCUUCCUUCUUUUUUCUUGUCUUACUGCACUAAGUAGGAUUCUAGUAUAUUGUUGAGUAGUGGUGAGAGCAGCUAUCUUUGUAUGAUCCCUGAUCAUAGAAGGAAAGUAUGUAGUAUUUUAAGUAUGAUGUCAGUUGUAGUUUUUUUAAUAGAUGCUCUAUUUCAGGUGAAGACAUUUCCUUUUAGUUCAUAGUUCCUUGAGAGAUUUGAUCACAAAUGAAUACUUUUUCCUCUAUUGAGAUGGUUAUAUUAUUCCCCUGUAUUAUGUUAAUAUGUACCUAUGUUGAGUUAAAUUGACUUUCACCAAAUGCUCAACAAACUUUGCAUUCCUGGGAUAAAACUCAUCUGACUAUGAUAAAUUCAUACACUUUUUAUAUGUUGCUGGAUUUGGUUUCCCAAAAAUUUGUUAAGGGUUUUUACAAUUACUGCAAUGUUUUUGUAUUGAUGUCAGAGUAAUUCUGGUCUCCUUAUGUAUAGAGGAGGCCUUUUCCUCUACUUUCGUUUUUUUUUUUUUGGUUUUUUUGGCCGGGGCUGGGUUUGAACCCGCCACCUCCAGCAUAUGGUACCGGCGCCCUACUCCUUGAGCUACAGGUGCCGCCCCUACUUUCGUUUUUUUUUUUUUGUUGUUGUUGUUGUUGCAGUUUUUGGCCGGGGCUAGGUUUGAACCUGCCACCUCCGGCAUAUGGGGCCAGCACCCUACUCCUUGAGCUACAGGCGCCCCCCUUUUUUUACUUUCUAAACAAAAUUGUUUACAGUUUAUUUUAUCCUUAAAUGCUUGAUAUGAUUCUGAGGUGAAGAUAUGUGGGCCUGGAGUUUUCUUGGCAAGUUUUUUUUGUUGUUGGAAAGUUUUAAUACCAAAUUAAUUUUCUUUUAUAGGUAUAGGUAGUGGCAUGCUGGACCUGGCUUGUACCAGCUAAUCAGAGCUGAUUAUUGCCAUGUCUUACCAAACCUAUAUUCAGUGAUGACACACUGAUAGAUUAAAAUUGGCCAUGGUUUACACUAAAGAAAUUAGAUACUUUAUGAGUUAGGGUUUUUAUUUUCUUCUAGCUUUGGUGGUCUCUCAGAAAUUCCCAAGGGAGACAAUGCUACCUUAUCUUGACUUAUCAAUGACACCUCUCCCACCUUCUUGAGCACAUUUAGGGGAGCGGGAGAAUGAGCCUGGGGCGGGGGAAGAGAGAAUGCCAGAGACUUCCUCUGACCCUGCAUGGGUGGUAAUAUAAAAUUGCUUCAAUGUCUACCCCAUUCUCUUUAGCCAAAGUAAAACAAAUUAGGAAUAGUUUGGGAAACUUUUCAGAUAAUUCUGAUAAUUAUGUAAAUGUUUACCAAGAGUUAAGACAGCAUUUUAACUUCUUGUGAAAAGAUGUAAGGUUGUUGAAGUUUUAAGAAAGGCUAGAAAGUGAGGUUUUUGUGGUUCAUAACAGUGUAUCCCCUGAAAAAGACCAGGUACCCCAUGGAGAGGUACGUACCUUUGAGGACCCUAAGUGGGUCUCUGAGAACUGUUAUCAGCUCCCUUCUGUCACUCAGGAGCGGGCCAGAAAUCACUCAGCUUUUCUUAAGUGGCCUAGAAAGGCAUCAAAGGUUUACCCAAUUUAAACCUGACUUUUCAGAGGGCCAAAUUAUUUUAAAGUACAAAUUCAUUACUCAAACGGCUCCAGACAUUAGGAGGUAUUUGCAAAAAUUGGCUCUAGGCCCUGACCAUAAUUUGGUACACCUCCUAAAAACAGCCAUAUUGGCCUUUUAUAAUUGAACCAGGAAAAAGGAAAGUAGAAAAAAGACAGUGGCUAUAGUCAAGCAGUGUGGCCUGGCAGGCAAGCCACCCAGCCCUUUUCAGGUCUGUAGGGGCAACUGCUGGAGAUCAGCCUGUCUGUCCCCGGAGGUGAAGGCCUCAGGGAACGGAAACUCCUUUAGCCCCUGAGUUUGAUUAAAGAUGUCCAGGACAGCCUCUUAUGGCCUUGGCUCAUCUUAUCACUGCCUGAGAGCCCCAGAUGCACCUGACUAUAAGCUUUCUCCUACCUACAGUUCUCUCAAGUCCUGGAUUCUUGACCCCCAAGUCUAAUUAUCAAGGGGAUAUCUGGAAGGCCGGUUACCAAACAGUCUAUCAACUCUUAUAGUUGGGGAAAUUGGCUAUCCUUUCAUGUCUUUCUAGUCAUACCUAAAAGUUUUUUUUUUUUUUUGGCCAGGGCUGGGUUUGAACCUGCUACCUCCAGCAUAUGGGGCUGGCGCCCUACCCCUUUGAGCCACAGGCGCCACCCCAUACCUAAAAGUCUUAAUUCCACUCUUAAGAGAUAUAGAAUAGCCAUUUAUGUGAAUAUGGGAUAGGAUCUUAUGCCUUCCCCUGUGAAAGACAGAUAUUAACCUUAAAUGUAUAGGCUCCUGAAGGAUAGGUGAAAAGAAUGAACGUAUGCUCAAUCUGUUCAUAUCUUGCUUUUUACCUCUCCCACCAUAGUUAAAUCU